AUGUCUUCCCCGAAAUCCCGUGCUCAGUCUUCCUCUAUUCCAGUUCUUCCCGACUACGUUACUGGGGCUGGGAUUGAUAAACAUGCGAUAGAGGUUAGGAGCAAGCUCCAUCCUUUUGCCCAGAAAAACCUAGAUGAAAACGUCCUUCAUCUGUUCGAAAACACCUUGGUGCUGGGGCCUCACUGGUUUGGCCCCGUUCCUCCCGAGAUGGCGGAGCUGAUGAAGAAGGAUGCUGAGGCCCCUCUAUGUUUUGAGAGCCUCUCCGCUCUGGCUUCUCAUUCUUGGGUUAGUAAGAAUUUGAGUCGUUCGUUCCCAUCUAGUGAAGUGAGAAACAGUCCAGUCAAGUGGCAGAUGGUGAUUAGGAGGACCUAUCCUUGGUUUCAGCCUGGACAUCGUCUGUUUGAGAAAGAGCCAGAAGAAGAAUCCGCCAGAACUGAUUUCAGGAAGAAGUUCCUGAGUGUGACCUUACCUAGGGAUCUACCUCAUGGAGGAGGAAAGCCUCCAAAUUAUCAUUUGGGGGGCGGAAGUCUACCAUCCCAACUUCUGUGCAAGGCAGCUUGGCUGUCCUCAGCUCAUACCCCUCAAGUCAUACAGAAGCUGCAAUCGGGGGUCUUCUUGGAGGGACGUGGAUGA